AUGUCUUACCCAUUGGUCUGUUUAGGAAACCCAUUGUUGGACUUGCAAGUCGACGUUGACGCCGAGUACUUGGCCAAGUACGACCUUAAGGCUGACGAUGCCAUCUUGGCUGAUGAAAAACACAUGCCUAUCUACGACGAGGCUCUUGCCAACAAGAGCUUGAAGUUGGUUGCUGGCGGUGCUGCUCAGAACGCUGCUAGAGGUGCUCAGUACAUCUUGCCUCCAAAGAGCGUUGUUUACUUCGGUUCUGUUGGUAAGGACGUCUACCUGAAGCAGUUGAACGAGGCCAACGAGCAGUAUGGCUUGAGAACUGAGUACCAGGUUCAAGACGACCACGCUACCGGUAAGUGUGCUGCUUUGAUCACUGGCCACCACCGUUCGUUGGUCACUGACUUGGCUGCUGCCAACCACUUCAAGGCUGCUCAUUUGCAGAAGCCGGAGAACUGGGCUCUUGUUGAGAACGCCAAGUACUACUACAUUGGUGGUUUCCACUUGACUGUAUCCCCAGAGGCCAUUGAGUUGCUUGGUAAGCACGCUGCCGACAACAACAAGAUCUUCUCUUUGAACUUCUCUGCUCCUUUCAUUCCUCAGUUCUUCAAGGACCCAUUGGACAAGUCUCUUCCAUACGUCGACUACGUCAUUGCCAACGAGUCCGAGGCUGCUGCUUACGCUGAGAGCCACGGUUUGGAGAGCAUCAAGGAUGACAUCACUGCCAUUGCUAAGGAGGUUGCCAAGUUGCCAAAGGCCAACACCAAGAAGCCUAGAGUUGUGGUGUUCACCCACGGCACCAAGCCAACCGUCACUGUCACCUACAACGCCGAGGCUGACUCUUUCGAUGUUAACGAGUACCCAGUUAGACCAUUGCAGGAGGGUGCUGUUGUUGACACCAACGGUGCUGGUGACGCUUUCGCUGCUGGUUUCUUGGCCUCUUUGGUCGAGGAGAAGUCCUUGGAAGAGGCUGUUAAGGUCGGUCAGUGGGCUGCCGCUUUGUCCAUUCAGGAAGUCGGCCCCACUUUCCCAUUCCCUAAGCAAACCUACAGCGCCUAA